AUGCAGCUGCAUAGCUUUCUCUCCCUCCUCUCCAUGCAAAUCGCCGUAGGCGCUGCUUUCACCAUCCCAACCGGCACGUUGAUGAAGCGCAAGCCCGAGACAAAUGCCACCCUCUUUGCAUACGGCGCCAACUCCUCGGCCUGGCCCAUCGCAUACGGCCUCAACGAUGGACUUUUAUACAUCUCCCAAACCCCUGAUAACAUCACAACGAACAUCCAGCUCACUCCCAUCACGUGGGAUCUGCCUUCCAUCACAGGCGAAAACUGGAUUGUCAACGGCACGUUCGUUAACGGCACCACGGCGGGGUCCAUGUUCAUCAAGCCCGAAGACUCUAACGCUGUGGGCGUCAUGAACAUGACCCGCAUCGCCUACAACAACACCAGCGUCACGGGCUUCGCACUGUUCGCCACGCAGCUGGUCUACAACAAUAACUCGCAGCUUGAGGCGCAGUUCUGGGCCGAGUUGACUGACGUGGAUGGCAUUUACGCCCUGGUAUGGAACUCGGACGGAGAUGUUACCGAUGGCAGUUUUCCCGUCGUUGUGAAGGGGGUUGAGUAUUAAUUGCCAAGAUGAAGGUAACCUGAGAUGCUAGAGGGGAGAGGAGCAAGCUUUGGAAGCAAUAAUGCGACAUUGUGAGAUGGGACGCGGACAAGAUUCGGGAUCACUUCUCUGGGAUAGUAUAGGAUCACCCAAUGACUUAAC